AGUUCAUCAAGGUGUCCAGUGAUUGAUAAGAGUGACAAUAAAUCUUUGAUUACUAAUACGACGCGUGUGUUGCCUAUUAAACGAAUUAAGAAAACAACAACAUCAACAAAAACCGUUAGAAACAGGAUAAACCAAAUAUAAAAAGCAAAUAUGUUUGCAUUCACUUGGCAAGUGUGUCUGGCUUCCUUGAUGAUGAUUGCAACGAUGACGUCGUUGUCGAGUGCUCGUCCCCAAUUGCAGGAGGCACCGCAUGCUCUGCUGGACAUUGAGACACCCAAUCAAUUUAGUUACAGUUCACCAUUGCAACAACCGGAUAGUCUGAGAUCGAAGCCAUAUUUCGAUUUCCUGAGCACUCUUUAUGCCCAUGACACUGACAAGACGAAUCUAUUUCGUCCCUAUUCGGGGCGUCCACGUCGUGAGGCUGUUCAAGGAGCAAAUCAUCGUCAGGAACGCCAACGUCGUGCCAUCGUCUUUCGGCCAUUGUUUGUUUACAAGCAGCAAGAGAUUAGGCGACAGGAGCUGAGAGAGGAUCAGGCCAAUAGACGUAAUGGUCAGGCCAGUGCUUUGACUCAUCGACACAGAUUUUAAGUUGGAUUUCGUUUUAAGCCUAGUCCAACAAGCACAUUUAAGAUUUAUCCAACCAAUGAGUGACGGGCCACUGUCACUGGUCUGUCUACAGGGUCCCCUUAAGCACAUAAAAACACACACACACACACACACACACACACACCUACACACACGCACACGCACACAAUUAGUUUAAGCACCAUGCACUGCAAAAUGAAGAAAUCUGAAGAUUAUGUUGAUGUUGAAGAGAAUUAUAUGACAUAAGCACAUCCCCUUGUCCCUAACAAAUCUCCCCCCACACCCACUAGCAUGUAUACCUAAAUUAAAAUCGAAUAUUUGUUAUACAAUAUAUACUAUAUAAAGAAAACUUUUGUUAUUUUAAAAAGAAAA